UCUCUCUCUCUCUCUCUCUCUCUCUCUCUCUCUCUCUCUCUCUCUCUCUCGAUUCUAUUAAAAUGCACAGAUCAUAUAAUCUAUCUGAAUCCCCAAUUCCCUCUUCGAACUGCACAAAAUCCCCAAUUUCUAGGACCCCUAAUUUCUCAGAACCCUAUUCAUGUGAGAGGAAAUUACCGGAUUUGUGAGAGAGAAGAGUGUUUUAUUCGAUUGAGAGUUAGAGUGGUUCGUUCGGAGAGGAGCUUUCUUUGGAGAGUUAAGAAGAAGAAUGUGUCUCUCUCUUUGUCUCUCUUUAUCUCUUUUGAAAAAGGUAUCACAAUCGCUGUUCCAGGUAAAACCACUGGUGUCGCUUCCGCUUCUCUCCGAUUCAGAUUCUGGAUCUGAGACUAAUUCUGAUUUUGAUGCCUUCUUCUUCGUCUUCCUUGUUCUCUCACGAUUGGUUUAAACUCCGCUUAGGCGAUGAGACUUUAGAACGGUCUAAGCAGAUGUUCAAGGUCUUUCUCCAAUUUCAUUGCAAAGAUUUUGCGGGAUUUACAAUUGGAGAAAAUGGGAAUCCCAAGCUAUCAUCAUGGCUGAAUAAGAUAUCCCUCCUUCAAAUAAAAGCUUAUCCUGAAUAUGUACUUUUGGUUAUCAUUCAUCCCUUCCAUUUUUGUCAUCUUGGUUGGAACUAAACUAGAGCACGUUGUCUCGAAGCUUGCGCUCGAGGUUAAGGAGCAGCAGACAUGCACAACUAAUGAGGCUCAAGUCAAACCACGUGACAGACUCUUCUGGUUUGGAAAACUCUUAUCUUUUUUUAACGUGUUUAUAUAUCUUCAAUUUGUAAGUGGUUCUUAACCCUGUUUGUUUGAGAGUUUAAAACUAUAUUUUUUUUGAAUGUAUGAUAUUAAACUUAGGUUUAACAUUAAUUGUAAUUGUGUAUGUUUUGCAAUUUAAUUUUGAACAUACUUUCACAUA